AUGGCGCGCCCGGACAGGCGCGUGAAUUUAGCAAUCGCUAGAAUUAUUCCGGUGAUCUUGCUGGGUGCAGUGAUCUAUGCCUGCUAUGCUAUCACCAAACCACUAUGCAUCGACUAUCUCAUUCAUCCUCGUCCGAAAUAUAAUCGUCGCCCUCGAUCUGGCGCUGGUGUCGCCAUCAUCGUGAUCUUUUACGUGCUUUUAUUUCCGGUCGUCGCGACAUACAUUCGACUCCUAUACAAUGUCAUCUGGAACCCUGGGUUACUGCCUCGGAACUCCCCACCUGCUGAAAUUUCGCAAAACACCGAACGACCUCAUAGCAAUCGACGCGGUAGCCACGGGAGGAGGCGGAGCCAUGGACAAACUCGGACGACCGAGAAAUCCGAAGGGGCCGAAGCCGACGUUGAACAGGGGAUGGAGUACAAUGCCAGCAGUCCUGCGUUCCAGAUAGACCCAGCGGGGCUGGAGAAAUUUUACACCAAAGAUGCUUUCAUCUGCCAGCCGGAUGGACGGCCCUUAUAUUGCUCUACGUGUUGCAGCUAUAAACCAGACCGCGCGCAUCAUUGUCGAGAGGUAGACCGGUGUGUCCGGAAGAUGGAUCACUUCUGCCCAUGGGUUGGAGGUGUCGUCUCGGAAACAUCAUUCAAAUUCUUCAUUCAAUUCGUCUUUUACACUAUGGUUUUUUGCCUGUUUUGUUUAAUCGUUUGCGCGUACUUUGUCGCUGAAUUAAAACGAGACAGCGGCUCUGUCAAUCCCCACUGGGCUGUUGGUAUCGGAUUGAGUGGCCUUUUUGGACUAUUCACUUUUGGAAUGACCUUAAGCUCCUUACAGCUGGCCAUGUUUAACCUCUCGACAAUCGAGAACAUCAACCGCCAAUCAGUCGUCUGGACCCUUGCCAUCCGCGUGCCCAACCACGUCCUGGCCAAAUUCAAUCCGGACACGCAAUGGGCUCCGACAUUUCGCACUAUCACCUAUCCUCUUCCACCCAUGCCUCCUCCUAAUCUACAACCCGGCGCAGAAUACCAACACUUCCCGCCGCCUGCAGAGCAGCACGUCUUCGCCAUUCUUCAAACCCUACCGGGCGAAAAUCCCUUCGACCUCGGCAGUCCCUUCAAAAACCUUCAACAGAUAAUGGGCUUCUCACUAUUCGACUGGAUCCUCCCUCUUAAGCACAGUCCUUGUGCAGACCACAACGACCAAGAGACCACCUUUGCAUUUGGCCCUGUGGUUUCGAGACUCAAACUGGACGCGGGUCUCGAAUCUUCUGUCGAGACAGAGGACGAGUCAGCAGAUCGAAAAUCGUCGAAAAAUAAACGAAAACGA